AUGGCAUCUUUGGAAAAUCACUCAGAAGUGAAUGAAUUCAUUCUUAUGGGGUUAACAGAUACCCCAGAACUUCAGAUCCCUCUCUUCAUAAUUUUCACUAUUAUUUAUUUGAUCACUCUGUUGGGAAACCUUGGUAUGGUAGUGCUGAUCUCCUGGGACACCCAUCUCCAUAACCCAAUGUAUUUUUUCCUCAGUAAUCUGUCUUUGGUGGAUUUGGGAUAUUCUUCUGCUGUUACUCCCAAGGUAAUAGCUGGAUUCCUCACAGGGGACAAAGUCAUCUCUUAUAAUGGAUGUGCCGCACAAAUGUUCUUCUUCACGACCUUUGCAAGUGUGGAUUGUUUUCUUCUAGCUGUGAUGGCAUAUGAUCGCCAUGCAGCAGUAUGUAAGCCCCUACAUUAUAGCACCACCAUGACACUGAGCGUUUGUAUUCGGUUGGCGAUUGGGGUUUAUAUCUGUAGCUUCCUUCAGUCAUCCAUUAACAUCGGAUGUACCUUUCACCUCUCCUUUUGUGGUUCCAAUGUGAUCCAUCACUUUUUCUGUGACAUUCCUCCACUCUUGGUUCUCUCCUGUUCUGAUAUCCAUAUCACUGAGAUGGUGGUCUUUAUUUUAGCAGGAUUUAAUGUAUCUUUCACCCUCUUGGUAAUAGUGACAUCCUAUGUAUUCAUUUUCAUUGCCAUCCUAAGGAUUCACUCUUCUGAAGGGCGGCAUAAGGCCUUCUCUACCUGUGCUUCCCAUCUCACAACUGUGUCCAUUUUUUAUGGGACAAUCAUCUUCAUGUACUUUCAGCCCAGCUCAAGCCAUUCAAUGGACACAGAUAAAAUGGCAUCAGUAUUCUACACUAUAAUCAUUCCCAUGCUAAAUCCUUUAGUCUAUAGCUUGAGGAACAAGGAAGUCAAGAAUGCUUUUAGAAAAGCCACUGGGAAAAAAUAUCCAUUAGAUAUAUAA